GUCGGGGUGCAACGAUGGAAAAUAGGGCAUAUUGCCACCGUUUGAUGAAUCGCUAUUCUCUUCUUCAUCUCAAACGUCGACUCAUAGCCACAUGAUUGCCUAUUUGUAUGUCCAAUUGCGAUGGUCGACGGUAGCUUCUGGCCAUUCCGCCAAAACAAGGAUGUUGUCAAACUGCUGCAUAGAAUAGAGUGGAUGCUUUUGUAGUAUAUCUGUCAUUAUGAUUGACGAUAAUCAACUUGAAGCACAAGUGGAAGCACCAUGUGCAAAGCCUCUUGGAAGGUUCUCCGUAUUGUACUAUGGUGUUGGUCACAUGCUCAAUGAUAUCACUUCUGCAUGCUGGUUUACUUACCUUCUACUUUUUUUGACGGACAUUGGUUUCACUCCCAGAGAUGCAGCUACGGUGAUGCUUUCUGGACAAGUUGCUGAUGGACUGACCACAAUUUUUGUGGGUGAGCUGAUUGAUCGAUUUGGACAUUUCAAAUUAUGGCAUGCCGGUGGAUCAAUCUUAGUGGCUGUUUCAUUUUCAUUGGUGUUCGGUGGUUGCCAGACCUGUUCAGCACUUGUGGAGAAUUCUCCUGGCCUGCGCACCAUCUUCUAUUCUGCAUUUGCUGCUAUUUUCAAUGUUGGCUGGGCUGCUACUCAAAUUUCUCACAUGUCGAUGGUUAUCUGUAUCACAUUGAAUGCAACAAGCAGAGUGGUACUUGCAAGCUGCCGUAAUGCUUUUACCAUGGUUGCAAACCUUAGCCUAUAUGGAAUUGCCUUCUUUGUGUUUAAUACCAACACUAUGGUAACACCUACUGAUGUUGAAAAACAGUAUAGCUGGAUUGCUUAUUUGUCAAUUUUUGUUGGAUGCUGUUUUGUGCUCAUAUUUCUUCUUGGUACUCGAGAACCAAGGCUGAAGCGUGAAAGUAAAAUCAAGAAGAUUGGCAGGAUUGGAUGGAAGUAUUGGUUAAGCAAGGUUCUAUACCAUCAGGUUGCACUUGUUUAUGUACUCAUGCGUUUAGUGACCAAUGUGUCACAGGCUCUUCUUGCAUUCUAUGUUAUAAAUGAACUGCACAUGGGUCAAUCUUCCAAAGCUUUGGUCCCUGCAAUCAUCUAUAUUUCAAGUUUCAUUGUGUCAGUGGCUUUGCAGGAGUUCCAUUGGAAUGGACAUCGUCUGAAGUGGUUUUUUACCCUUGGUGCACUUUUAUGGACACUCUCUGGCAUUGCAUUUUUCUUCUUACCAAAGUGGAUGCACAACGUUAUGUAUCUUUUGGCAGUUGUCAUUGGAAUAGCAAAUGCUUUAAUGACAGUGACAGCUAUUAGCAUGGAGAGUGUUCUAGUUGGAGAAGAUCUGAACGGUUGUGGGUUCGUGUACGCUUCACUUGGUUUUCUGGACAAAAUUGUGUGUGGUGUUGUUUUGUAUUUACUCGAAUUCAAUCAAGGAUUGCCCUCUGGUUCGAAUGGUGUUCAUGCAUCUGGACGCUCUUCAUCACUCAACGGUAUCCAUGCAGUUGGAAAUUCCCUAUCUGUCUACAGUCUUCAUGGAACGGGAAUUUCUGCUUCACUCACUAGAUGGGGAUUUGGGCUUGUCCCUGGGAUAUGUUCCCUCCUUGGGAUUGCCGUUACAUUCACUAUGAACCUUAACACUGUAGUUUCAAAACAUCUGACUGAGCCUUUGCUUGAGUAAGGUAUCCAAUGCAUAAGCUGAUACACUUCAAUCACUAUUAAGUGGAAAAGGUUCGUUCAUAUGGAACUAUGACACCAUGGGGCUUCUUCGCCUAAGGGGACCGGAUCAGAAGGCUCGUCUAUAUUAAUCUAAUGUACUUCAGUAAACCUUUUCUGUUCUUUUGGAACCUUCCAUACAGAUUUUGUAUCUUGGGGAUACCUUGGUUUGCAAGUCAUUGAUAGGAGCAGAGGCUUAUCGAAUGUGAAUCAAGUGUUAUCAUAGAAUUUGUUGUAAAAUAUAAUGUUUUUUUCUCAUUGAGUGGGUUUCUGCAGAGAUGGACGCUAGGAUGUCAUCUGUCUUAAAGCUGACAUUUUUUUCAGUUCA